AUGAUCCCAUCGUCGAGCUCUGCCCGCGCCGUCCUCAUGCAGCCCGAUUUGUGGGAGGUCAUCCUCGCCUACCAAGAUGGUGUGCCAUGCUCGCUCCAGCACAUGUUCCAGCUCUACUACGCCAAGCUCGAGAUGGUCCAGUACCAAGUCCACCCCGACUUGAAGCAAAUGCAAGACCCGCUCUGCAUGCGCGGGUAUCUCCUCUGCCGCCUCCUCCAAGACAACUACUGCGACCUCGCGCACACGUUCCUCGACACAUUUCCCGACGACAACGACAUCAAACUCCCGUCCCGUAGCGUCUCGAUCCUGAUCCGCAACACGAUCGACAAUGCGGUCCGCGCCCGCAACCUGUCGUUAGUAAAGCGACUGCACGCACGACCUGCCAUUGGCAUUUGCUCGCAGCUCGCGAUGGACACGGCAGCGGCCAACGGCGAUCUCGAGAUCGUCCAGUUUCUGCAUCAACACCGCAGCGAAGGCUGCUCCCGGCUUGCGUUCAAGAGGGCAAAGAAGCACAAGGCCGUCCUUGCGUUCCUGAAAGAAAAUCGCCCCCAAGACGAACACCGGCGCGAGACGCGCGUUCGUAUCGAAUAUGAUCCCGGCGAAGGAGCGAUGGGCUGCGUCAUGCAAUAG